GCAAUCGCGGCGCAUGAAGUCGGUGAGACGCGCUCAGCUCUGUCCGUGCAGCUUGCAGAGUCCUCGUGCUGAGCUGCUGCUGAUGGGAGCGCGUGAGUGACAGACCGGCUGAGUUGGUGUUCAUGGAGUGGAGUCCAGCUGUGGUGUGCCUGAUCGGGGCCGGACUCUUCCUCGUCCUGCCUCCAGCCUUCUCCACGACGACCACCGAGCCUUUCCCUCGAUGGCCGCGGCUGAUCGGUUGUGAGUUCAUGUAUCGAGGCAACGUCACCUGCAGCUGGGAGCCUGGAGACGCUGCAGCAACCAGCUACACUCUGCAGGUUACGAAGACACCCAGAAAUGUUUCUCCGAAGACGUUCACCUGCACCACGCCUGAGACCAGCUGCACCGCGGUACUCGGGAGCUCAACCGUAAGAAUGACCUUCUGCAUCACCGUCACGGCACACAGUGGAGGCAGAAACAUUUCAUCACGUCCUCGAUGUCAGCCCGGCAGGAAAGAAGUAAUUUUGCCUCCAGCGAUUUUGACCAGCGUGAAGCCUGCCCGAGGCUCAUCUCACUGUCUGAAUGUAAGCUGGAGACGCGAAUUGUCCGCCUUUCCCGUGUCUGACUCCGAAAUCAAAGACGGAGAGCUGAAUUCUCAAAUCGAGUUCACUGUUCAGGGACAGCUCGAUGUUCAGGUCGGCAAUGUGACGGUGACGGGUUACAGCGUCCUCGUUUGUCUCUUCAGACCCGACACCUCGUACAUCCUCCGGCUGCGCCAUCGCUAUCAGGGCCCUGCCAGUCCGUGGAGUCCGUGGAGCAACGCACUUCAGGGAAGGACAGGAGAGGACGCUCCGUCUGCAGCACCAGCGUUCUGGAGACAAGUGAAGCAGACUAACAGAGACGGAUGGAGACUCAUCUCCCUGCUGUGGAAGCCCUUGCCUCACUUCCUGGCCAACGGCAGAGUUCUCUUCUACAACGUGACUUGUCAGACAGACGGCGGUCAGGUUUUGAGCAAUCACGGGAGCUGCAGAGAUUUACAGCAUUCAACUACUUCCUGCAGUUUGCUUCUCCCUGCUGGACGUUGCUCCUGCGCUCUGACGGCCUCCACCUCGGCGGGGACCUCGCCACCAGCCCGAAUGUUGCUUCCUGGAGCCUCUGAGAAAGAGCCUCCAUCUCCGGGCCAAAUCGCUGCAAGGCCGCUGGAUGACAGCAGCAUAGAAGUCAGCUGGACGGCGCCGGUAAAGCAGCCAGUGAGCGGCUUUGUGGUGGAGUGGUUCGCUGUCACAGAGGGAAACAGCAGCGUCCUGCACUGGGAGAAGCUCAACGGUUCCCACACAGCUCUGGUCAUCACAGAGGGAGUGAAGCCGAUGGAGCGUUACGCUGUUUCUGUCAAAGCGCUGUACGGGGAACGAGAUGUGGGGAAAAACAGGACGCUCCAGAUUUAUACACGACAAGGAACGCCAUCAGCUGGUCCCGACGUGAAAGUGCAGUGGUUCACCAGCGGCACGGUGGAGCUCGGCUGGAGUUCUGUUCCUGUGGAGCGGCUUCGCGGUUUCCUCCGCAACUACACUCUCUGCUACGCAACCAGAAACCAAGCAGCAAGGAGUGAGUGA